AUGGUUGUUACGAGUAAUGAAUACAUCGUAGACCUGACAUUAGUGACCAAUCACCCCCUCCUGGAUCCUCCCAACACACGUGAUCAAUAUAUCGGCGCUUACCUAGGACAGAAAGAUGCGAGCAUCAGAGACAUUAUUAUGUUUGACCGCAUUAUUCGGACCAUUGAUACUACACGUCUCCCAACCUACAUCGUCACAGUAAAUGAAGGUCAAUGUAUAAGAAAGCUAAUCUUCGAACAGUCUAAUCAAACCAAGGCAUUAGGAGCAUUCUUCGUAGCUUUCGAAUAUGAAGGAACCACACGUACUUCUUCAACUGUUGUCUUGAUGCACAAUGCAACAUUCCUGCCUGAACAGACAACUUUGACUGUCCAUGUCGGGGAAACUGUUACAAUCGCUGUUGUCACCAACAGAACGGAAGAUGACUUCCGAUGGCGGUUUAAUGGAGAUGUUGUACCUGACAGAUGCCCAGCUUAUCGUUGGGGAUCUGAAUGUGAACACACCUGUACUGAGUGUCUCAAUGGAGGCAAGUGCGAUGCAGACUCGGGAGAGUGUGUAUGUCAUCCUGGUUUCAACGGGACAACAUGUGAACACGUCCUUGGCAGCAACCGGUUUGGGCAGGAUGGCAGCUUUUCUUGUGAUUCUUCAGGAGAUGAUCACAGUCCAGGGUGUCGGGGUAAACUCUUCUGCCUACCAGACCCCUUUGGAUGCACCUGUGCAGCAGGAUUCAUGGGAAUCAAUUGUACAACAGAAUGUAACCCGGGAACGUAUGGAGCCAAUUGUUUGCAAGAGUGCCACUGCUCUCCAAGUAACAUCUGUACCAAGGAUACAGGAGAAUGCAUUGAUGGGACUGAGUGUCAAGAAGGCUGGACUGGUGUCAACUGUCAAGCGAUUCCUGGUACAACAUCGGCAAGCUCUGGUAUCACUUCUUCAACCAUCCCCAUUGUUGAAGCUACGACUCAAGCUUUUACCAGUGCUACCACUCCUGCUCCCACUACCGUCCCUCCUCAGCUGAUUCCGUCUUCUGCCAUAGAGAGCUUCUUCUACACCAAGGUUAAUAAUGGCGGAUCUGCAACAUUGGUUUGUAUCGUGACAGGAUCACCUCCACCGACCUCUGAAAACAUCAGCGUCACCCAUGCAGCCGGUGGAGAUGAAGGGAUUGUCCUUCUGGAGAGCACUGUCCAUGAAUCAACCAGGACAUCCUGGUACCGGGUUAGGGUGAGUCUGGAUGACGUACCUCGGAAUUUCACGUGUCUUUUGCGCAGACUGGACGGGGAAAGUGUCUCAAAAGAUCUGGCUGUCUCUGUUUAUGAGCCUCCAAGCUUUGUUGAAUCUAACAUACUCGUCCAAGAGAUGACAUCUCACUCGGUCACCAUCCGAUGGACACAUUGGAAUGAGACUAAUGAUCGUGGUGAUGGGCCAGUGAUUGGAUAUCGAGUCUACCACAGCACACAUGGACAGGGUGACAUAGCCAGGGCUUCAAGCGAUCGCAUCAGAGAUACAACUUUCACGAUCACUAAUUUGACACGGGACACAGUGUAUGAUUUCAGAGUGACUGCUUCGAGAGAGGGGCCAUCUGGUGAGGGGAUGUUCAGCUCAGUAGCAAGAGCUAGGACAAAGUGUACUGCACCUUCUCAGGCGCCUGUUUUGUCUGUGAGAAAUAGAGGUCAAACAUUCAUCACUUUGGAUUGGGAGGUAAUACCAGAGGAAUCAUGGGGAUGCAGUGCCCUUUCUGGAUUAGAAAUCAAUGUCAGCACCUAUGGUCAAAAUGGCUUUCCUCGAACCUUGUCAUUUGAUACUAUGGCGGGUACUGCUAACAUUGGAGAGUUUGCGGAUUGUACUACGUAUAGCAUCAACGCAGCAUUUAGAAACAAAGACGAGUUGGGGAUCUCUUCAGAAAUAUUGUCAGUGAGCACAUAUUUGAUACGACCCGCACGUGUAGGAGCCCUUCAGAUGUCACCUUCAACCACACAAAUUGAAGUCAGCUGGGAAACGUCAUCAAGUCUAUGCUCCCCUGACUACUAUAUCAUACGCUACAGUCUAUAUCAGAAGCUUGCCUGCCAAUCACCAGAAACCACCCCAACAGAGUUUGAAGUGAACACCAAUAUCACGCAAUACAAUAUUCUAGUGGGGUUAGAGCCUUACUCGCAAUACAAGAUCAUAGUUACAGCUGUAAAUGGUGCCGGGCAGAGUGAACCCAUGAUGGGCUAUUCAGAAACCAGGCCAGGACGUGAGUAA